AUGACAACUGGAGAGGAAAGAUUCCGAGGAAGGCGUAAUGCUGUUUUUGAUUCUGAUUCGGAUUACGUGAAGUUGGCAAAACGAGGGGGCAUUCCAGAUCUACUAACCUUUGGUGGAUUGUCACCAAAAUCAACAUGUACUCCCCUCAAGAAACCUGAAUGGUUGUCACCUGAAUCUUCAUUCCAAGAAAAUAAUCAGACAGUGCAGAUGAAGCUUACAAGUGAGGUGUCUAAUGACAUAAUUCAAGACAAGUCAGAGAGUGAGAAUUAUAAACCCUCCCCCACUCCCGUUGAAACAACUGAUACACAUUUGUGGGAGAAGGAGGAAAUUCAUGGUGACUCAGGAAACUGUAAGUCAGGGACUCCUGAAGUUGAUAAUUUGGGACAACUGGACAAGAAUUUUCCAUCUCAUCUUAAGAUGGAGGACAUGACCUUAAGUACUGAACCAAAGCAAUGGUCAAUGCAGUCUGGCAUACCGGCUAAUACAACGAGUUACAGAUUUUCCCGCAGAAAGGAACCACCAGUUAGCAUGCAAAAGUUGCUAAGUUUUGGCUAUGCUGAUGAUUGGUUUUCAGAACGUAAGGAUGUGAAGAGCAGCAAAGAACAAAAUAUGGAACAUACAGUUGCUGUGAAAACUGAGGUUUUGCCUCAGGAAAUUCAGCCCACAUAUAGAGGAAAGAGGAUGACUGGCAUCAGAGGAAAUGAAAAGAAUAAAGUUACUGCAGAAAAUGAUUCUUUCUUCAAAAUCUUUGGUGAACACAGACCAAAAGAGAUUCGUCGAAGUGUGGAGAACCGUCUGCAGUCUGAGAUUGCUCUUGCCUGA